AGUUUCUACUACACGUUCCCUCCUUAUCCACCUCUCUUCUGCUAAACCCUGCAACAGAAUAAUUCACCCAAAACCUCCGUCGAUGGUGACUGAAGAAGCUCUUCCCAAACUCAAACAGACGUAGUUUGAGAAAACGAGGUUUCAAAUGCUCAUCCAUUCGUCUUUCCAUAAAGACCCCGCAGCUCUAUUCUCCCCAUCUAUGGAGCUCUCUUCUCCCUUCAAGCAUCUCCUAAGACCAAAUGCCUCACCUUCACCUGACCUUUCCUUUUCUUCCAGCUUCUCCGCUUUUCCCCUUCAAAUCCACCUUAGAAAUCCAAAAUUCAAACAACCCAUUUCGCCAAAUUUCCGUAUCUUCGCCGUUGCCGUAGACCCCCAAGAACUUCCCAGGAGCAGUCCUCAAAGGCUCCUCAAGGAGCUCGAAGAGCGUAAGAAGGUCGUCUUUCCGAAGAAAAAGGUUCCCCCGAAGAGAUUCAUUCUCAAACCCCCAUUAGAUGACGCCAAAUUAGCAGAGAGAUUCCUUAACAGUCCUCAAUUGUCACUGAAAGCGUUCCCUUUAUUGAGCUCUUGUUUGCCAUCCUCCAGACUCAACAAUGCCGACAAGACUUGGAUUGACGAGUACCUGCUUGAAGCCAAGCAGGCUCUUGGGUAUCCCCUUGAGCCGUCUGAUCGGUUCGGCGACGACAAUCCGGCUAAACAGUUCGAUACCUUAUUGUACUUGGCCUUCCAACAUCCAUCAUGCGAGAGGACGAACGCUAGGCACGUCCGGUCAGGGCAUUCGAGGUUGUGGUUUCUAGGGCAAUACGUGCUUGAGUUGGCACUUGCCGAGUACUUCUUGCAGAGGUAUCCGAGGGAGUCUCCAGCUCCAAUGAGGGAGAGAAUGUUUGGGUUAAUAGGAAAAAGGAAUCUGCCCAAGUGGGUCAAAGCUGCUAGCUUACAGAAUUUGAUUUUCCCAUUUGAUGAUAUGGAUAAAUUAGUUCGGAAGGAGCGAGAGCCGCCUGUGAAGUCUGUCUUCUGGGCUCUGUUUGGAGCAAUAUACUUGUGUUUUGGCAUGCCAGAAGUAUAUCGUGUUCUUUUUGAGGUCUUUGGAAUGGACCCAGAUGAUGAGAGCUGCCAGCCAAAAUUAAGGAGACAACUUGAAGAUGUUGAUUAUGUAUCUGUGGAGUUUGAAAGCAAAAAACUCAGUUGGCAAGAUAUUGUUGCCUAUAAGCCUCCAGAAGAUGCCCUUUUUGCACAUCCGAGACUUUUCCGGGCUUGUGUUCCACCAGGCUUGCAUCGGUUCCGAGGAAACAUUUGGGAUUAUGAAAGCAGACCCCAAGUCAUGCAAGUACUGGGAUAUCCAUUACCGAUGACUGACAGGAUUCCAGAUAUAACUGAAGCCAGGAACAUUGAAAUUGGACUUGGGCUUCAGCUGUGUUUCUUGCAUCCAUCAAAAUACAAGUUUGAGCAUCCAAGGUUUUGUUUUGAACGCCUAGAAUAUGUUGGCCAAAAGAUUCAGGAUCUUGUGAUGGCUGAGAGGUUGCUCAUGAAGCAUCUUGAUGCUCCUGGAAAAUGGUUACAAGAGAAGCAUCGUCGCCUUCUGAUGAACAAGUUCUGCGGGAGGUACCUUAGGGACAAGUACCUCCAUCGCUUCAUCAUAUAUGGUGAACAAGUCCAGGACUCAUAUGAACACAAUAGAAGACUAAGGAACCCAGCUACAACAGCAGUUCAACAAGCCAUCCAUGGGCUUUCAUACACUGUAUAUGGGAAGCCAGAUGUCCGGCGCCUCAUGUUUGAAGUUUUUGACUUUGAGCAGAUCCAGCCAAAAGCAGUCUAAAUAUAUGUGAUUGUCUUGAUUUAGCACUUCAAUGGGUGAAUGCAGUUUUUUCUUAUUUAUUUCCAGGUGGUUGUGAAUUUCAUCCACUGGAGAGAAUUAGAGCUAGUGCUGAUAACGUUCUGAAAUUGCCAAUGCAAUGUACAUAUACAUACAUCACGGCAAUGCAUUACAAUUUGUUUUACACCAAAGCCAUUUAGUGUAGCAUCAGACAGUGAUAACAAUGUUCAUUAUGAGGUGUAAUUGCUAAGCUGUUCUCUGGAUCAGAGUGAUUUCCUGGAA